AUGCAACUCACCAGCUUCCUCCUCGCUAGUCUUGUUUCCGUCUCCCAGGCCGCGGUCAUCUGGGACGGCAGAUUUAACGACUUUACGAGUGCUAGCGACCUGAACAACUGGUCAUGGAGCAACCAGGUCGGGCCAUACCAGUACUACAUCCACGGCUCCGAAACCGUGGAUAAGUACAUAGAACUCUCACCCGACUACGUCAACCCGGCCGACACCUCGUCCAAGCAAGGGGCCAAGUUCACGCUCGACAGCACGGCGUACUGGAACGGCCAGACCAUGCGGCGCAUCGAGCUCAUCCCCCAGACCAGCGCAGCCAUAAAUCAGGGCAAGGUGUGGUAUCACUUUACCAUCUCGCGCAAGGACACGAACGCGCCCAGUGUGUACAGGGAACACCAGAUCAACUUCUUUGAGAGCCACUUCACCGAGCUCAAGUCGGGCUGGAUCAGCGGCGAGAGCGGCACCAGCAACCCCAAGCUGCAGUGGAUGGUCAGCCAGCAGAGCAAGUGGAGCGUGGACGAGUGGCAGCCUGAUGUCUUCUACAACUUUGCCUACGAGAUCGAUUUCUCGGCCAAUACGGUUGGGCUCUGGCAUUCUACCGGGGCGGCUGACCUGACCCAGGUGGUCGCACCAGUGUCGGCUUCGACUUCAUCGAACGGGGCUGACUGGCACCUUGGCGUUCUUGAGCUGCCUCGUGAUGGAUACUCUGACGCCAAUGAGGACUUUUACUUCUCUGGCGUCUACAUAGAGUCUGGCUCUAUCACCAAGACCGUUGCAGGCCCAGCUUAG